UCUCAUGGCAUCGUUGGGUUAAGAUAUUCCUAAGGCGACGGCGGCGGCGGCAGCAGCAACAGUGUCCCAAGGUGGUUGAGCUGAUGACGAUGAAGCUGAGCCCUGCCAUCUCCAACGGGCCCCAUGCUCCCUCCCUCCCACUCCUCUCCCCUUCUCUUCGCCGCCCAAAACUCCCUUCCCUUCGACCGCGCAUCCCGAGGGCGGAGAUGUCGUCGUCGUCGUCCUCCUCCUCCUCCCAAAAUGAGCAGGCUGUCGUCGCCUCGCCCUCCGUUCCUCCCCUCCCGACCAACCGAAUCGUGCUGGGUUGCGGGUUGGCGUCGGUGGAUUACUUGGCCACGGUGGCUGCCUUCCCAGAGCCUGAUGAAAAGAUCCGAAGCACGAGCUUGAGGGUAGAAGGAGGCGGAAAUACAGGUAACGCAUUAACAAGUGCAGCUCGUCUGGGUGUGAAACCUAGGAUAAUCUCUAAGGUGGCUAAUGAUGCACAAGGUAGAAAUGCGCUUGCAGAACUUGAAGCUGAUGGAGUUGAUACAUCCUAUAUGGUGGUUUCAGAAAAUGGAAAUUCACCAUUUACCUAUAUAAUAGUUGACAACCAAACGAAAACUCGUACAUGUAUUCACACCCCUGGAUACCCUGAAAUGGUGCCAGAAGAUCUUUCAGAGUCUAGCUUGUGUUCUGCUUUAGAUGGUGCAAACCUUGUAUUCUUUGAUGGAAGAUUGCAUGAAACUGCUUUAGUUGUUGCUGAAGAGGCAAGCCGAAGGAAAAUUCCUAUUUUAAUUGAUGCAGAAAGGAAGAGGGAGGGACUGGAUGAUCUUCUUAAUCUGGCAACUUAUGUUGUAUGCUCAGAAAAAUUUCCCCAGGCAUGGACAACUGCACCAUCUAUUCCCACUGCACUAGUAUCCAUUCUUCUGAGACUACCUCAAGUCAGAUUUGUAAUUGUGAUGCUUGGAGAUAAAGGUUGCAUAAUGCUUGAGAGAAGCAUAAAUGAGGCUUCUGAGACAAAGGAAACAGAUGUAGAAAGUUUACUUGAGUCAGUGAGGCAGAAAUUUGAUAGAAGCACCACAAUUCCGACAUGUAUUUCUUCGGAGUCAAGCCUGAGAGUUAGUGCAGAUGGAAUAGGUGCUAUAAGUGGGAGGUUACUUAUGUGUAUUGCAGAGGUGGUACCUCCUUCAGAGCUAAUUGACACCACUGGUGCUGGAGAUGCAUUCAUUGGAGCAGUUCUCUAUGGUUUAUGUGCAGGAAUGCCUCCUGAGAAGUUGCUGCCUUUUGCAUCACAAGUGGCUGCCAUUGGAUGUAGGGCUUUGGGUGCUCGGAGUGGUUUGCCAUGGCGCACAGACCCACGUUUGGCUCCAUUUUGGCACUAGACUUCACAAAUACCUCCACUCCUGGGACAUGGAAGUGAGCAAGGGCACUUCAGCUGGUGUAUAAGCUGCACUUAUUUUUUGUUGCUGCCUUUGAUAACAUGAGGCAGUCCGUCAUGUGAUCAUUUGGGAUCUGAAGAUCAGAGAAAAUGACAAUUAAACACUAUUUGGGGAUCAACUUGGCUAAUCUCUCUUUGUGGGCAAUGAUUUCUAGUUUUUACGUUAUCGUAUAUUGUUAUGUUCCUCAAUACUCUUGUUAUGAAGUACAAACCUGAAACACUACAAUUUUAAAAGUUUUGGUUCAGAUUUUUGUGACCUGUUAUUGUAGCAUUCAUCCAUUAUUGUCUAUCUUAUUACUGCUAUAACAUUUUAUCAAUAAGAUGAUCUCAUUCAAGUUGUUUACA